CAACAAAAUCAAACAAACAUAAACAGACAAAUCAAAAAAAAAACAAUAAGCAAACAACGAAAAACGUUUGUUCAAAGUGCAUUUAAAUAUUUUUGUGUGUGGGACUGGGGAAGCGGGUUAACCGACUUCCCGAUUGAAGCGCCAAAUGGGUAUCGUUCAACGGUAUCCAGAGCCAUUGCCGAUGCCCAGGAGUGCCGUUGCGUGGCUGAGCAGCAGCAGCAACAGUAGCACCAGCAGCAGCAGAACAGCGGACAUCGACGUCGAAGUCAACGUCGCCGUCGUCGUUGUUGCCGCCGCAGUCGCCAUAGCGGCCCAGUGAAAGCGAGCAAGACAGAGUGAGAGAGCCCCACGAGAUGGUCUCGAAGAAGCGUUCCAGCGUCGCUGAGCGUGCCCAACGCUCGACGGCCACAGCAGCAGCAGCGGCAGCAGCAGCCCCAGCGGCGUCAAGUGCGUGCGGAACGACGGGGAAAAAACGGGUGGGGAAACAUGUGAAAGCCCCCACAGAGGAGACGGAGGAAAAGAAAUCAGCGUCAGCGACAGCAUCGGGCAAGAGGCAGACAAAGGAUCCUUCAACAGCAGGAGUAAGCGGAGCAGCAAUAGCCACAGAGAGCAGCACCAGCUCCAGCAGUGGCAGUGGCAGUGGCUCCAAGUCCAGCGCAAAUACAACACCCAAGCUCUCGCCCGAGGAGCGGCAGGAGGAUGGCAAGGCGCGGGCCAUCAACAAGAUGCUCAAAAAUCUGGACAUCAAGAUCCACGGAUUCGACAAUCUGAUGCCAAGCGGUGAGGGGCCCCUGAACGUCAGCUCCAUAUCCAAGUCGUCUAUUUCGGAGAAUGUCAAGACCAAGUCGCGGGCAGCCGCUGUCAAGGUGAUAGCCAGCCUCAAUCCCGGCAAAACGAUGCCGGUGAAACGGCCGCCGCGACCCUCCCCGGAGAAGGACAAGGAGAAGGAGAAGUCAAAGACGGAGACCAAAACGGAGCCAAAAUCCACCAGCGAUGCUAGUUCGAAGGUGACGCCACAGGAAUCUCAAGGAUCGAAAGGAUCCAAGAAGGCAGCGCACACGAGCGCCAAGAAGACAAAAGUAGAGACGCUGACUGCACCGCCCACAGCAGCUCCAACUCCGACGCCAACAGCAGCUGCUCCAGCAGAACCUGCCACACCUGCCGCCAAACAGGGCAAGGUGGCAGUCAAGAAGGGAGCAUCAGCAGCACCAGAACAGCACCCCAAACCAGCCGCCAAGGUGGCCAAGACCACGAAGAAGGCAACGAAUCCAACACAGCGACUGCCCGACUCCAACACGGAGCCCGUGCAAAUGGAGCUGGAGGAGAUUGUUGGCACAGCGACAGCAGCAAGGACAAGAACACCAACGCCCAAUCGGACGCCAACAGAAACGCCGACAGCGACGCCCACGCCGACACCAACACCGACACCGACACCCACACCCACACCGACACCCGUGGAGGGUCCUGGACCGCCAGCAGCAGCAAAACAGCGACCGAAGAUCAAGUACACGAAAACCUCGGCAGGAUCGAAGGUUCGCCUGCAGCAGCAGAGUGCAGCUGGUGGCCACCAGAAGGCAAUGCCCUCGUGGUGUCAAGGCGGAGCGGGGGCCAAGGAUAUUUACGACUUCAAGUCGGGCUCCGAGGAUGAGGAGCCCAUCAAGAUGGUGCUGCCAGCUUUGAAGCAGUUGCGGGAGUUCUCCGAGGAGGAUAACAAGCCGCUGAAGCAGCCAAAGGAGAAACCGAACGAAGAGCAAAAGCCGACAGAGAAUGAGCAGCAAAAGGAGCAGGAGCAGAGGCAGGAGAUGAAGGAGGAGGCCAAGCCCAAGGUGGAGCAGCAGAUCAAGGAGCAGGAGGAGGAUCAGGAGAAGAAGAAGGAGGAGGAGGAAAAAUAUAAAGAAAAGAAAGUGGAUAAGCCAACAGCGGCCACAAAAGACGCACAGUCCGAACCAAGCAAGAUCAGUGCCCCAGUCACAGUCACAGCCACAGCCACGGCCAAGAAGCAAGCGAAACGAAAGCUGGCCACACCCUCAUCACCCUCGCCGACAAAGCCACCGCCCGGCAAGAAGAAACCACCAGCGGGAAAGUCUGCAGCAGCAGCAGCAGCAGCAGCGGCGGCGGCAACGGCAGCGGCCAAUCAUAGCCCUGACAGCGAUAGCUCUGGGGAGAGCAGCGAUUCCGAGGAUGAGAAAAAGCUGAGCGCUUACAGCGGACCCAAGCGGCAUCGCAUGGCCUCGCUGAAUGCUUUGGCGAAGGUACAGUGCCUCUACGAGAAUGAAUCGCGCACCGCCCACGAGUUGGGACUGUCGAAGGCGACACAACAGCCGCCACGGAUACGGACAUUGGAUGGCAGUGACGAUGACAACAAUCACAAGGAGUCGCCGCGUCAUGGAGAGGACAAGGACAAGGACAAAGACAAGGAGUCCUCGUCGACGCCAUCAACGCCACCAGCACCGCCACCGCCCAAAGAGAUUGAGCCACGCAGGGAGCUGCGAAUUGUGCCCGGUGGCCGAGGCGUGGGCAAGCACUGGGAGUUUGAUAGCGAUAGCGAGGGAGAUGAAAUGCAGCUGCCCGCUCUGCCACAGCCCAAGAAAAAGAAGCUGCAAAAGAAGCCGCCACCAAAGAAGGCAGCGGCGGCGGCAGCUCCAGGCGGCAGCGAGGCAACAGAUGCCAAGAAGUCAGAGAAACCGAAGCCAGCGCCAAAGCAAGUGCCGAAGAAGCGAAAGACACCAUUCACCGAGGAGCUAAUUGGAGACUACAAGGGCAUCCUGGCGAGAAAGCGAAUGGCCAGCCUGAACGCCAGCGCCAUUGUGGCGGCCACCUACGAGGUGGAGCGGCAUCUGGACAAGAAUCUGGCCAGCGAUUGCAGCAGCUUCGAGAGCUACGACGAGCUGGAGAUGCAGGCCGUCGUCCAGCAGUCCACCAAGAUGAUGCCACACAAAACGGAUGUGCACAUCAAGAAGGAGCCCAAGGAGACCAAGGAAUCGCUGCGAGAGCGUGAGCGGGAACGUGAGCGCGAACGUGAGCGCGAGCGAGAGCUGAAGGAAUCAUCGCUGAAGGACAAGGUGCCGCCCAGCAGUCACAUCCUCAUCGAGGAGAGCAACGACUCCAAGUACUCGAAGGAGACAAAGGAGACGAACACGGACACCACCACAACAACCAGCAGCAGCGGCACAACCACCAGCGGCGGCGGCUACCGUGACUCGAGCAGCACCAAGGAUGCCAAGGACUGCAGUCGACCCACCUCCUCCAGCGUUGUCAUUGUCCAGGACACAGAUGUCACCAUCACCGGCGUCUACGUUAAUGCCAGCAAUGGUGCCGCCCAAGAGGCCUACUGCAAAAUGCAAUACCGUGUGCAGUCCAGCGUCACCGAGGAGCGCGUGCUGCGGCCCGGCUCCGUGGAGCCACCAAAAUCUUAUACGCCAUUGAGUGCGCUCUCCAGCAUGCUGCCGCCCGGCGCCAGCUCUGGCCUCAGCGAGGCGCAUAGCUCGCCGCCGCUGCCGAUUCAACCACCAGCACCGCAUGUCCUGCUGCCCGGCGAACAUUUGAGUGCUGGCAUGUACCAUGCCCCCGACCUGGGGCUACACACGGAGCAUGCCGUGCCCGAGCAUCAUGGCCCACCGCCGCCCUCGUAUGCCGCCGCUGCAGCAGCGGCCGCGGCAGCCGCUGCCUACCAUGCCCACCAGCUGGGUCCGGGCGGUGCUGGCGGCAUGCUGCACAUGCAUCACCAGCAUCAGUAUGCCGCACAUGCAGCGCACGCCCAUCACUACCAGCAGGCGGCCGAGUAUGGCCACGGACCGCCACCGCCGCCGCAUCACUACGGAGGACCACCGCCGCCCCAGGUGCCACAUUAUGGGCCACCGCCAACUGGGGCGCCACUGUCAGUGCCCGUGCCGGUGCCAGUGCCGGUGCCAGUGCCCGUCGCCGUGCCAGUGCCACCCGAUCGAUGUGAUGUUGGCUCGCCGCCGCCCUCAUAUCGGGCCAGUGCCUAUCCCCCGCCGCCAUCGGGUAUUGUGCCACCACCGACAAUAGGCGGCGGAUCGAGUGCCUUCUGUGCCCCGAAUCCCCAUCACCAUCAUCAGCAUCACAGCCAGCAACAAGGACCGCCGCAUCAUCACGAUCCCAGUGGUUACUAUCAGCCGGCUGGACCGCUGAUCUCGCCCCAUGUGAUUGCAGGCGGACCUCCGCCACCACCGACCCAGCAGCAGCAGCAGCAGCAGCAGCAGCAUUUGCUCAAGAAGCUGCAGGAAGAAGAGUCGAGCUCCGGCUCACCCACGCAGCUGCAGCAAGUGCAGUUGCUGCAGCAGCAACAGCAGCAGGCAGCGGAGGCUGCUGAGCAAGCAGCGGCAGCGGCAGCGGCAUCCCAGUCGCAGCAUCAGCCGCCACAUCAGCCACAGGCGCAGCAUCUGCUGCAGCAGCAUCAUCAGCAACAGCAUCAGCAGCAACAGCAGCAGCAACAGCAACCGCCGCAACCUCAGCCGUAUCCGGCCAGUGCCGUGGCAGCCGCUGCCGCAGCGGCUGCUGGCCAUCCGGGCGUGCCCUAUUCCCGCUCAAUGCACGCGGCCCAGAUGCACUACACGACGGCCUAUCCGCCAAAUUACUAUUCGCCGUAUCCGGGCGAGGUCAUGUGCUAUUCGCCGCCCGCCUAUCAGCCCUACUUCACCAGCAAGGUCUACCAGACGGGUCCGCCGCCGCCGGGACACCAUCCCGCUGUGCAUCAGCCACCGCCACCGCCGCCAGGCGCCUAUCGACGCUAUCCAUACUACCAGCACGCAGGGCCACCGCAUCCGCCCACACACCCAGAGCUGUACGAGCAGCAGCAGCAGCAGCAGCCACCGCCGCCGCCGCCACAAGCAGCAGCCGCUGCCCCAGGGGCCAGUCCGCAGCAGCAGCAGCCACAGCCGCAGCAGGGCACAUCAGUGGGUGGAGUGGGAGUGGGUCCUGCAGGCAGUCAACUGGUGCCCGCACAUCACCAUCACCAUCAGCAGCAGCUCCAGCAGCAGCAGCAGCAGCAGCAGCAGCAGCAACAUCAGCAGCAGCAGCAACAGCUGCAACAGCCGCAGCCACAUCAGCCGCCGCAUCUGGAACAUUAUCCGGGUCCACCGAGCUACUACGCCGGCUACAGUCCGGGCGGAGCUGGAAGUGCCGCCGGACAGUGCUAUACACGCGGCCUACAGGGACCGUAUAUGGACUAUCCGCCGCAGUGUCCGUGCCCAAUGCAACAAUCGUGUCCAAAAAACGUCCAUACUGGGCCUCAUAUUGGUAGCAACAUCAGCAGCAACAACAUCAGCCAACAGAACAACAGCAACAGCAACAGCAGCAGCAGCAGCAGCCACAAGACAGCCAGCAGCAGCAGCAGUGCCAUGAGCAGCAGCAGCAGCCAGAGCACCGCUGCCACAACAGCAGCAGCGACAGCAACAUCGUUGAAUACCAGUAGAGGCCCAGUGAAAAAUGCCAGCAAAAAUAACACGAACAACAGCAGCAGCGGCAGCAGCAGCAGCGGCAGCAGCAGGAGCAAGAGCAACACUGAGACAUUGACAACAAAUACGCGAGCAACAGCAGCAACAAACACGGAGGAGUUGCGUGCCACAGCAGCAACCAAUACAGAAGAGUUGCGGGCAAAGGCAGCGGGCACACGUGCCACAGAGACGCAAACGGGAAGAGACGUGGACGUGGACGUAGACGUGGACGUGGCCGUUGCCACAGCAGCGACGACCAACAAUAUGGGAACGCAGUGCCAAAUGCUGGCAGUGAAGACGGAGCUGAAGAGCGAUCCGCAGGUGACGCAGAAGAUGCAGUAUGAGGCGCAUGUGAUGCCACCGCCCACGCCGCCCGAGAGCUACUGUGCCAGCGACGACAAGCUGCUGGAGGAUCAGGAUCAGGAGGCGGAAAUGGAGCUGGUCCUGGGCAUGGGCAUGGGCAUGGGCCUUGGUAUGGGCAUGGGCAUGGGCAUGGGCAUGGGUCUGGGCCUGACCCUAGAGAAGGGUCACACUCACAAUGAGCAGCACAUUGAGGCGUAUGAUCUGACCUCUAGCACACCACCACCAGCGCCAACAGGAACAGGAGUAGCAGCUGGAGCAGGCGCCGCAGCACCUCCAAAAGGAGCAGCAGCAGGCGUUGGUGUUGGUGUUGGUGUGCCGCGCAAGGCGAGGAUCGGCAAGAGCAUGGCCAGAGAGAUGGUUUUCGCAGCACAGCAGCAGCAGCAGGAACAGCUGAAGCAGCAGCAGGAGGAGAAAAAGAAACAGCAGCUGGAAUUGGAAUUGGAUUUAGAGCAGGAGAAGCAUGCGGGAGCACAGCCAGAGUUGCCUUUUGUACUUAAAGCUGAAAUCAAAGCAGAGACUAAAAUCAAAAUCGAGCAGGAGCAGGAGCAGGAUGAGGGACGUCUGGCGAGCAGCACAUCACAUAUCAGCCAACUGCCAGAUCUGAAGCCAACAAUCAAAACGGAGCCAGAAGCGGAACCCAAACCCAAACCCGAACCCGAACCCGAACCCGUAGCCGAAGCGCAACUGGCAGAGGCUGCAGCAGAGACACCGGCACCCAGCAAGCAGCGCAUCAAUCUGCUUGCCUCAUCGACAUCCUCCGCCGCAGGUGCAGCUGCCUCGGGCAAGCCCCCCAAGACGCACCACAGCUACAAGAGCCUGAUCAAGCAGGCCGAACCGCGCAAUUACUUGUGUCCGGGCAGGACGUUUGUGCGCCGCCUCGGCCGAGCACCGGCCAAGUAUGCCAAGCGGCGGCAAUUGCUGCUCGCACAGCGCCAGCAGCAAAGGAUCCGUGCCCAGAGGCGCGAGCAGCUGAAGCAGCAGCGCCAAGAGCGUCAGCAACAGCAACGCGAGGAAGAGGCAGCUGCCACAGCACAGACAGCAGACGAUGCAACAGACACAGCUGACGCAGCAGCAGCUUGCUCCUCUGGCCAGGAGGAAAGUCUGACCAAAAAUGUGACCAGCGGCUGUUCGCCCAAGCGGGCACGGCCACGGAAGCAGGAGAUUGCCGCCCUCCAUCUGCUGGAAGGUCUGGACACGUCGCACAGUCGUGGAUAUUUCAGUGAUCCCGAACUGAACAGCUGUCGCAGUCAGGUGCAGGGGAAAGUGGGUGCUGGUGGCGGUGGCGGUGGCAGUGCCAGUAUCUAUGCCGCACCCUCACCGCUGCUGGCCACACAUCCUGUACCACAGGCUCCGGCCGAGAAGCGUUCCAAGUCGGAGACCAAAAAGCCGCUGCCAUCAUCCACGGAACAGCCACCGGCAAAGAAAUUGAAGAAACAGGGCAACAGCAAGGCCAAAGCGAAGGGCAAAAAGGUGACAACAGCAGCAGCAGCAGCAGCAGGAGCUGAAGAAGCUGCAACUGCAGGUGGAGCUGGAGCUGGAGCUGGAGCAGUCGAGGAAAGCGCAACCGUAGCGGCAUCCUCUACAGCAGCAGCAGCAACGUCUACAGCGGCAGAGACAAAUAACAACGAGUACCAGACGGCGGAUUUGCAAGCACAAAAGCUGCAACAGCAGCAGCAACAUU